AUGGAUAUUAACGAUUCUUUCAGACUUUUAGGUUCAGGUAUUUCCCAUUUCCUUGGUAAUAAUUCUCAAAAUCAGGAAAAGAUAAAACUUCUGGCUUAUAGUGGCCGUUCUCGGGAAAUUUCUAUUAUGGAGGAGACUUUCUGCGGAUCUGCUCAAGACGCGACUAACAGUGAAUCGUCUUCACGACGAGACGGCGCCGGAUCACAGACUAGAAAAGAGAAUUUGGUUCAAAGACUGACCAGCACUCUUCGUGAUAUUAGGAGUUCUAAAGAGAAAAAAACGGCAGAAUCUUCUGACUCAAGAUUUUCUGCUUUAAAAGCUAAGAUUCAGAUGAUUCGCGAUUUUGCUUCUAGCUUCAACUUUUCACUCAAAUCCGUUCAGCAGAAAAUUAAUAAAGCUUUUAAGAUAUUCGAGCUUUGUAGAGGACUAAGCGUUACAAAGAUGAGAGAUAUACCAUUCUUAGUUUCUGAUAUUACUUCCCUCUCAAUAGAUGUAAUUCGAAAUAUAGCCGAAACUUGCAGUUUAUACGAGAAAUCUAAUAAAGAGGCAUUGAGAGCUCUCUCGCCCUCCCUUCAAGCUGGAAACGCUCCACAAUCUUGCCAAGAGUCUCAACACUCCUCGCCCCCUCUAACCAAAAAAGAGAUCCCCUCGAAAGUCUCCUCCACCCCAUCAUACAACAUUUAUGAACCAGACUGGGAAGACGAUUAUCCGGAUUUCCCUGACUAUCCACAUUCCUUAAAUACUUCCUAUAGCUAUUCUGAUUUGUGUUCUUUUAAGGAUUUUACCCCCGAAGCUUUGAAAGAUCUCCCAACUUACCACCAACAAAAUAUUUUGGCUUUUUUUGAAUAUAUUUGA